GCGAGACACAUGUAUAUCUGGAUUAUUGUUUGUCUUAUUAUUUAUAUGUACAAAAAAUCUGUCUAAUUAAUUAACUUAUCUGUUGCUACUACUAUUCUUCCGCCGCCCCUCUUUUGUUUGCGCACAAACACCUGCAUAUAAAUAUAACAGCACAAGCAAUGCGAGGUGGUAUCAAAAAUCCACUUCUAGCUAAAUAGUCUCUUUGCGUUACUUAAACUUUAUAUAUACAUAUCGACGUAGCGGCGCUCGCGCGCGCACAACUCGACUUAAUUUCGAUAUAAUUGCCAAAAAUGGCCAAGAACGGCGACUCCGAUCACGAGGAGAAGGCCCACUUCGUGCUGGUCCCUGUGAUGGCCCAGGGCCACACCAUCCCCAUGCUCGACAUGGCCCGCCUCCUCGCCGGCCGUGGCGCCGCCGUCACCUUCGUCACCACCCCUCUCAACUUCGCCCGCAUCAAAUCCCUCGCCGACUCCGUCGCCAACUCUGGCCUGCCGAUCCACUUCCUGCCCCUGCGCUUCCCGUGCGCAGAAUGCGGCCUGCCCGACGGCUGCGAGAACAUUGACGUGCUCCCGUCCAGCGACCUCCUCGCAAGCUUCUGGCGCGCCUGCGCCAUGCUCCGCGAGCCGCUGGCGAGCCACCUGCGCCACAACUCCCCGGCGCCGCCGACCUGCAUUAUAUCCGAUACAGGGCACCCGUGGACCGGGGAUGUCGCACGGGAGUUUGGCAUCCCGAGGCUCACUUUUCUUGGCUUCGGCGCGUUUGCCUCUCUCGUCAGGUACGUCCUGUACCGGUUUAAGAUAUUCGAGAACGUGGCCGACGAGAACGAGCCGGUUUCUGUUCCAUUUUUGCCUCAUCGGUUUGAGAUGACAAAGGCCAAGUCGCCGGGGAACUUCGGCGGGCCCGGGAUGGAGAAAUUCCGGGAAGUGGCGUUGGCGGAGGAGAGGAGAGCCGACGGCAUCGUGGUGAACACCUUUGACGAUUUGGAGGCUUCGUAUAUCGACGCCUACGGUCAGAUCACAGAGAAAAAGAUUUGGACCCUCGGGCCCCUAUCACUCUGCAAUAGGGACGUCGGCGAGACGGUGGCGAGGGGGAGCGCGUCAAAUGUCGACGUGAGCCAUUGCUUGCGCUGGCUCGACUCGAAGAAGCACGGGUCGGUCGUUUACGUGAGCUUCGGGAGUCUUGCUCGCACCAUGCCGGGUCAGCUGAUACAAGUAGGACUCGGGUUAGAGGCUUCGGAGAGGCCGUUUGUAUGGGUGAUCAAAGCCGGCGAUAGGUUCGCGGAAGUCGAGGAGUGGCUGAAGGCGGAGGGAUUCGAGGAAAGGGUCAAGGAUAGGGGCCUGAUAAUAAAUGGCUGGGCGCCGCAGGCGGCGAUCCUGUCGCAUCCGGCCGUGGGAGGGUUCAUGACGCACUGCGGAUGGAACUCGACGCUCGAGGGAGUGGCGGCCGGGCUGCCGAUGAUAACAUGGCCUCAUUUUGGCGACCAAUUUCUGAACGAGACGCUGAUAGUGGAAUCACUGAAAGUCGGGGUUCCGGUUGGGGUUCAACAGAUGACACAAUGGGGAGCGGAGGAUGCCCAAGCGUUCAUAAAGAAAGACGACGUCGAGACCGCGGUGGGCAAGUUGAUGGACGAAGGGGAAGAAGGCGAAGAGAGAAGAACGAGAGCGAGAGAGCUCGGAGAGAAGGCGAGAAGGGCCAUGGAGGAAGGGGGAUCAUCUUAUGAGAAUACCAAACUUCUCAUUCGAGAAAUACAGGCUAAAAAUGUGCAUGCGGAUGGGAAGUUAACAGUGUAGAAGGCGACAAGCUACCAUUCUGAACGUUUGUACUGAUAAAUGUUACAGUUAUUUACUACCCAAUGUGCCCAUGUUGGUGUUGGCAGCCAUUGCUUAACUAUUGUAAUCUUCUACCUUUCAGGUUAAUCUUCCUAUUGUACGUUUGUUCUAGCAUCAUAUUUAUAAACUACUAUCAAUUUUCAUAGAUUUCAA